UUACGUAAGUAUAACAUUUUUUUGCGUUUUUCAAUAUGAAUUCAAUUAAUUAUUUUAGUUUCAUGUGCAUUUGCUUCACCAUUUUAUUAUCAUUAUGGUGUUGAUGAAUACCAAGUGUGUGCAUUAUUAACAGAUGAAAAUUUACAAAAACAUUUUCGAAUUUAUACUGUUACACUUUAUUAUUUUAUUCCAUUAACAAUUAUUCUUAUAUGUUAUACUAGAUUACUUUAUUAUGUUUAUUCGAAAGAAAAGAAUGUUAAACCAAAAUCGAAAUCUAACGUUGUUAAAUGGUCAAAGAAACGUCGUGCUGUAACAAAAAUGGUUGCUAUUGUUACAUUAGUAUUUUCGAUUUGUUGGUUACCUAUAACAUUAUUUAUAGUUUCAUCAUACGUUUUUGAACGUAAAACAGCGUUGUUAUAUUAUUUUAAAGUAAUUGGAAAUUCAUUUGCAUAUUUAAAUUCAGCUGUUAAUCCAAUAAUAUAUGCAUUUUUAAAUCGAAGUUUUCGUAAUAAUUGCGGAAGUAUUCUUACUAAACCUACUUGUUCAUUAUUUUGUCAGAAGAAUUAUCAAAAACAAGAACAAAAUAAUAAUCAUCAAUUAACAAAUUUCUUUUCAACAGAUAGAAAAGAUGUUAUAAUUGAUAAUAAUAUUCAAUUAAUACCACAUAAUGAUUCAAAUGAUGAUUUUUCCGAUGGUGAAUAUGAAGCAGUUGAACCAGAUUGUUCUGCUCGAUUAGUUGUCAAUAGACAAAGUCAUUUAAAUGAUUUCUGUGAUCAACAAUAUGGAGUGUUAUUAACUCAUAAUGGAAUCAAUGAUGAUCGACCUUUUGUAACAAAUCUCUAA